AAUCUUCUCUGUGUACUUGAUAAAUUAUUUUUAAAAAUUAAUUUAUUCUAUAUGUUCCUGAAAAAUCUAAAUCGUCCCAAUGGAAUAGGACAACCAAGCAUGGUCCGACACAUAGUCACGAGAAUAGUCAUAAACGCAUUCUUUUAAACCUUUCCUAAUUAUUUCUUUCGACAGGUUUAUAUUUAACUUUAAGCAUAGAUAUUCAAUGAUAAUAACUUUUUUUAUGAGGGGAAAAAACUCAUGAGUACAAAAUCCAUGCUGGUUACUUUUGGCUUGAAGUUCCAAUUUUGCCCUUCCACAAUCCCUUUAUAUUCAUUUCCACAGUCCUUCCUCUUCCCCAUCUCUCUCAUAUGGCUUCCAAACUCUUAACCUCCAUCUUCACAUUCCUCUUCCUUUUCUUCUCCUUUGUCUCCUCGGCAACCACCAUCGGCGCUCGGCCUGUGCCUGUUCCAGGCUUUUCAAAUGCUUUUCCCGGGACUUCUCGAGACGGGUUGAAGGCUGGGGAUGAUGCUUUGGAGGAGGAGAGUUGUGAAGAAAUUGGAGAAGAAUAUUGCUUGAUGAGGAAAACUCUUGCAGCCCAUGCUGAUUAUAUCUACACAGAUAGCCAGAGGAAGCCAUGAGAUUAUUUAAAUAGAAUUAGUGACAAAAGGAAGAGAUUCUUCUGUAAGUUUGGGAAAUUAUAUUAGUGUAAUUAUGUUUAAUUAGUGACUAAUUGUUAACUUUUAUAUAAUCCAGGUUAAAGAAACUAGAUUUACUAAGUUUCUUCGGGUCACGAUAUCAUAAUUAUGUAUCAUGAUUUGAUUAGCCUAAGGUAAUCAUUUCUAAGUAUUCACAUUACGUAUUAUGGAUUGAAAAUUUUUCGG